AGAAAUCAAGCUCAGCCACUUGGCUCCCAGAAAGUCAAUGCUCUUCCGUUUUCCUAACACGCAAACCAAGCACAGUCUUGCUCACACCAUUCUCUUCUCCAUUCUGCAUUGUGCUUGUGCUAAUCUGUGUAGUAUUUUUACUGGCAAUUUGGGAUAUGUCGGUCUCACCAUGAGGACUCUGCUAAUCUAUGCUAAUUCUGAAAAUAUGCUCCUCUAAUCUCCCAAAAAGUUCAGAGUUCUUAAGGACAUGCCAGCAAUGAUUUGUGUUUUUCCUGCUGAUAUGCACUUUAGUAUAUAAAAAUGUACACUUAAUGAGGUGUUUGAAUUUUGAAAUCACAUUUCAGGAGAAGGGACAGUGCACCAACCAGCUGGUGCAAAUAAAUGACCUGUGUGACGACCUGAGCGUAUUCUUGAAAAAGAAACUAGAAAUACCAGCUAGAUCCAUCCACCAUUAUUGCGAAUAUUAUAACACAAAAAAUACAGGCGUUGCUUUGUAGCUCUAAAAGCCGUUUCUGGGUUUUCUCUCUUCAGCAGGAGGCAUGUGAUGCAUUCAAGAUUCAACCAAUUAAGAAAACCAAAGUUUUGGCCUUCCCUCUGCACAAGUAGGUAUGCUGUCUCACGUAGGUAAUUUUUAGAUUUGCAUUUCUGCGACUUUUUUGUAUUUGGAAAAAGUAAACCGUAUUUGCUAAGUUCACAGCCAGUGGAACGCAAAUUUUGAAAAACUGCAUUGGUUUUACUGGCAUAUAAAUAUCAAUUAUUAUGACCCACUUGCAAUAUUCUGGUUGUCUGGUGCUCCAGCUGUCCCUACUAAGAAAUGAAGAUACCCCCAGCUGUUAAUGUGGUAUGCCCAAAAAGAAUGCCAAGUGCUCACACCAGCUGUUAACGUUGCAAGAUUGGGUAGUUGUGAUUGGUUAACAGAAAGCCAAGCACGACUUGCUCACACCAUUCUCUUCUCCAUUCUGCACCUGCACCUGUGCUCACACCACUCUUCUCACCAUUCUGCACUGCCCUUGUGUUCCACUGUCUUGUGCCGUGUGUGUACCGUUCGGCGCCGGCCGCCAUAACUUCACCGGAGUCGCCUCCUGCUUCUGCGCCGCGUCACCGGCACCGACAAGGCCCUGAAUCUGCUGCUGCUGCUACCUCCGAUACAAUGCUGGAGCUGGCGCCGACGUGCCUGUGAGGACCACGUCUUCCUCGCUGCUGCUGCGUUGCUGGUCCUGGGUGCUGAUCAGGGGCGAGCUCGUGAAGUGGACCUGUGUUAGAGGAGUUUCUUCCAAGUGUUCCAAUGGCAGAGCUGGUGGUCACCAUGGCGAUCGGGCCAUUGGUGUCCAUGCUGAAGGACAAGGCGUCCAGCUACCUCCUAGACCAGUGCAAGGUGAUGGAGGGAAUGGAGGAGCAGCACAAGAUUCUCAAACGCAAGCUUCCGGCCAUCCUCGACGUCAUCACGGACGUUGAGGAGCAGGCCAUGGCACAGAGAGAAGGUGCCAAAGCCUGGCUUCAGGAGCUCAGGACAGUCGCCUAUGGGGCAAAUGAAGUCUUUGAUGAAUUCAAGUACGAAGCCCUACGCCGUGAAGCCAAGAAGAAUGGACACUACAAAAAGCUCGGCUUUGAUGUAGUAAAACUCUUCCCCACUCACAACCGUGUUGCGUUCCGUUACAAAAUGGGUCGCAAGCUUUGCCUGAUUCUGCAAGCCGUUGAGGUCCUCAUAGCAGAGAUGCAGGUCUUUGGGUUCAAGUGCCAACCACAGCCACCGGUGCCCAAAGAGUGGAGGCAUACAGAUUAUGUUAGCAUUGACCCACAAGAAAUUGCCAGCAGAUCCAGACACGAAGAUAAGAAGAACAUUAUUGGUAUACUUGUUGGUGAAGCUAGCAAUGCAGACCUCACAGUUGUUCCUGUAGUUGCAAUGGGGGGCCUUGGCAAGACCACAUUAGCGCAACUCAUAUACAAUGAUCCUGAAAUUCAGAAGCAUUUCCAGUUGCUGCUCUGGGUUUGUGUCUCUGAUACCUUUGAUGUGAACUCCCUGGCCAUGAGUAUAGUUGAAGCAUCUCCCAAUAAGAAUGUUGAUCUAGACAAACCACCACUGGAUAGACUUCAAAAACUGGUCAGCGGACAGCGGUAUCUCCUUGUAUUGGAUGAUGUUUGGGACAACAAAGAGUUACAUAAGUGGGAAAGGCUGAAGGUCUGCUUGCAUGGUGGCAUGGGCAGUGCAGUGCUGACAACAACUCGUGAUAAACGAGUUGCUGAAAUUAUGGGUGCAGAAAGGGCAGCCUACAAUCUCAAUGCUUUGGAGGAUCACUUCAUAAAGGAAAUUAUUGUGGAUAGCGCAUUCAGUUCAGAGAAUGGAAAGCCUCCCAAGCUACUCAAUAUGGUUGGUGAGAUUGUGAAGAGAUGUUCUGGCUCUCCAUUAGCUGCAACUGCACUGGAUUCUGUACUUCGCACCAAGACCAGUGUGGAAGAAUGGAAGGCUAUAUCAUCUAGAAGCAGCAUUUGCACUUAUGAAACUGGAAUUUUGCCAAUACUCAAGCUUAGCUACAAUGACUUGCCCGCACACAUGAACCAGUGCUUUGCUUUCUGUGCCAUAUUUCCCAAGGAUUACAAGAUCAAUGUGGAGAAGCUGAUCCAACUAUGGAUUGCAAACGGCUUUAUCCCAGAACACAAGGAAGAUAGUCCUGAAACCUUUGGAAAACAUAUUUUCGAUGAGCUGGUCUCGAGGUCAUUCUUUCUGGACCUAGAGGAAAGUAAGGACUCCAGCGGGUAUUAUUCCAGAACAUGUAAAAUUCAUGAUCUUAUGCAUGAUAUUGCAAUGUCUGUUAUGGAAAAGGAAUGUGUUGUUGCAACUAUGGAACCAAGUAAAAUUGAGUGGCUUCCAGAUACUGCUCGGCAUUUGUUCUUGUCAUGUGAAGAAGCAGAAGGUAUUUUGAAUGAUGCUCUGGAGAAAAAAGCCCCUGCCAUUCAAACACUGAUAUGUGAUAGUCCUAUUCAAAGCUCAUUGCAGCAUCUAUCAAAAUACAACACUUUGCAUGCCUUGAAGCUCUGUCUGAGAAUAGAAUCAUUUCCGCUCAAACCAAAGUAUCUGCAUCACCUGAGGUACCUUGAUCUCUCGUGGAGUGAUAUCGAGGCACUUCCUGAGGAUAUAAGUAUUCUAUAUAACCUGCAAGUGUUGGACCUUUCCAACUGCCGUUGUCUUGAACGACUUCCAAGGCAAAUGAAGUAUAUGACUUCCCUCUGCCACCUCUACACUCAUGGAUGUUGGAAGUUGAAGAGCAUGCCUCCAGGACUUGAAAAUCUCACUAAGCUGCAGAGUCUCACCGUUUUUGUAGCAGGAGUUCCUGGCCCUGAUUGCGCUGAUGUUGGAGAGCUGCAUGGUCUAAACAUUGGUGGUCAGCUAGAGCUAUGCCAGGUAGAGAAUGUUGAAAAAGCAGAAGAAAAAGUGGCAAACCUUGGAAACAAGAAGGAUCUCAGUGAACUGACAGUAAGCUGGACUGAGGUUGGCGACAGCAAGGUGCUCGACAAGUUCGAACCUCAUGGUGGGCUGCAGGUUCUGAAGAUAUAUUCCUAUGGAGGAGAGUGCAUGGGUAUGCUGCAAAACAUGGUUGAGAUCCAUCUUUUUCGUUGUGAAAGAUUGCGAUUUUUGUUCAGAUGCAGUACAAUCUUGACUUUUCCAAGACUGAAGGUGCUUAUGCUAGAACAUCUGUUGGAUUUUGAAAGAUGGUGGGAAAUAGAUGAGAGGCAAGAAGAACAAACAAUAUUUCCUGUGCUUGAGAAGUUGUUUAUUAGUAAUUGUGGAAAGUUGGUAGCAUUACCUGAAGCACCAUUGCUGCAAGGACCACUAGUAGAAAAAGAGGCUUCCAUACGCCCCCAUUAGUCCCCAAAA